AUGGAUGGGAUUCAAGACCAACAAGUGCCUUAUAUUAAAUCCAAUAGGCCACAAGGGAAGACGUCUUACAGCGAGAGACCAGCAAAUGACAGAAAAAUACAAUUCAUUAACUCUGACCUGGCCCUGGACACUGAAGAACUCUUCCAGGACCUCAGUCAGCUGCAAGAGACCUGGCUGGCGGAAGCUCAAGUUCCCGACAAUGACGAGCAGUUUGUCCCAGACUUCCAGACUGAAAACUUGGCAUUCCACGGACUGCAGCUGAAGAUCAAGAAGGAGCCCCACAGCCCCUGCUCCGAGCUGGGCUCCACCUGUGGCCAGGAGCGGCCCUUCAAACUCCACUAUGGGGAGAAGUGCCUGUACAACAUCAGUGCCUACCAGCAGCACAAACACCCCACAGGCAUGAAGCCCUCCAGCCCAGCGACGCCCCCCUGCAGCACCCCCGUGUCCCCCCUUCAUCAUGGCUCCCCCACGACAGUCCCCACCCCCAAACCAGACAGGACGUACCCCCACCUCCAGACCCUCCCGGACAGCGCCUACUCCAUGGACCACAGAUUUCGACGUCAGCUGUCGGAGCCCUGCCACUCGUUCCCCUCCCCACCGUCGAUGUCUCGGGACGGAAGGCCCAUGUACCACAGACAGAUGUCCGAGCCCAACAUCCUGUUCCCCCCACAAGGCUUCAAGCAGGAGUACCCCGACCCCUUGUUUGAGCACCCUGCCAUGGUGGGGGCGCCCAUUCCCCCCACGUACCCCCCCUCCAUGAUGAUCAAACAGGAGCCCAGGGAUUUCACCUAUGACUCAGAAGUGCCUAGCUGCCAUUCUGUCUACCUGAGGCAAGACGGCUAUCUGGCUCACAGCAGCAGGACUGAAGGCUGCAUGUUCGAUAAAGUCGCGAGACAUUUCUACGACGACACCUGCGUGGUCCCCGAAAAGGUUGAAGGUGACAUAAAGCAGGAGUCAGGUCUGUACCGUGAAGGUCCAACCUACCAGCGCCGAGGCUCACUGCAGCUCUGGCAGUUCCUGGUGGCUCUCCUGGACGACCCGUCCAACUCUCACUUUAUCGCCUGGACUGGCAGGGGCAUGGAGUUCAAACUCAUCGAGCCUGAGGAGGUUGCACGUCGAUGGGGAAUCCAGAAGAAUCGACCAGCUAUGAACUAUGACAAACUCAGCCGAUCGUUACGCUAUUACUACGAAAAAGGCAUUAUGCAGAAGGUGGCAGGGGAGAGAUACGUGUACAAAUUUGUGUGCGACCCCGAGGCUCUGUUCUCCAUGGCCUUCCCUGACAAUCAGCGGCCCGUGCUGAAGACGGACAUGGAGCGGCAGAUCAACGAGGAGGACACGGUGCCGCUGUCACACUUUGACGAGAACAUGGCCUACGUGCAGGAGGCGGGGCCCUACUGCAACCCAGCACACCCGUACAGCGAGGGCUACGUUUAUUAA